GAAGUGCAUUCUUAGUCCGCUGAGCGCGUACGGAGGACGACAUCGUAGUGGCAGUGGAGGCUGAAAAGGCGACGGGACUGUUGCCUCUGGUGCAGGUGGAAAGCGGAGCGAGAGCGGCGGCUCCAGAGCCCGGAGUUCCCAAGGAGAUUGCAGACGUUUCUCCCCAGUCUGAUAAAACCCCAAGGCCCUCACCAUGGACUUCCAGCAUCGCCCCGGGGGCAAGACCGGGAGUGGAGGGGUGGCCUCCUCCUCGGAGAGCAACCGGGACCGCAGGGAGCGCCUCCGGCAGCUAGCCCUGGAGACCAUUGAUAUCAACAAGGACCCUUACUUCAUGAAGAAUCACCUGGGUUCAUACGAAUGCAAGCUGUGCCUGACGCUGCACAACAACGAGGGGAGCUACCUCGCGCACACCCAGGGGAAAAAGCACCAGACCAACUUGGCCCGGCGAGCUGCCAAGGAGGCCAAAGAGGCCCCAGCCCAGCCGGCGCCAGAGAAGGUCAAGGUAGAGGUGAAGAAAUUUGUGAAGAUUGGCCGCCCGGGCUACAAAGUGACCAAGCAGAGGGACACGGAGAUGGGCCAGCAGAGCCUUCUUUUCCAGAUCGACUACCCCGAGAUCGCUGAGGGCAUCAUGCCGCGCCACCGCUUUAUGUCAGCCUACGAGCAGAGGAUCGAGCCCCCUGAUCGGCGGUGGCAGUACCUGCUGAUGGCUGCCGAGCCCUAUGAGACCAUUGCCUUCAAGGUGCCAAGCAGGGAGAUUGACAAGGCCGAGGGCAAGUUUUGGACUCACUGGAACCGGGAAACCAAGCAGUUCUUUCUCCAGUUUCACUUCAAGAUGGAGAAGCCUCCGGCCCCGCCGAGUCUCCCUGCCGGGCCUCCUGGGGUGAAGCGGCCACCACCCCCACUGAUGAAUGGUUUGCCCCCACGGCCGCCACUGCCUGAGUCUUUGCCCCCACCCCCUCCAGGAGGCCUGCCUCUGCCCCCCAUGCCACCCAGUGGGCCUGCACCCUCAGGACCCCCAGGCCCUCCCCAGCUGCCACCCCCAGCUCCUGGGAUCCACCCGCCAGCACCAGUGGUCCACCCACCAACAUCUGGGGUCCAUCCCCCAGCACCAGUGGUCCACCCACCAACAUCUGGGGUCCAUCCUCCUGCUCCUGGGGUCCACCCUCCAGCUCCAGGUGUCCAUCCUCCAGCCCCAGGGGUCCACCCUCCUCCAUCUGCUGGAGUCCACCCACAGGCCCCAGGGGUACACCCACCGGCUCCUGCAGUUCACCCCCAGGCUCCAGGGGUCCACCCCCCAACUUCAGGGAUCCACCCCCCUCCUCCUGGGGUUCAUCCUCCAGCUCCUGGGGUCCACCCCCAGCCUCCAGGAGUUCACCCCUCCAAUCCUGGGGUCCACCCCCCGGCUCCUAUGCCCCCAAUGCUGAGGCCCCCGCUGCCCUCAGAGGGCCCUGGGAGCAUUCCACCUCCUCCCCCAGCCAACUGAAGAGCUAUGCCCUCUUCCUGCAAGUUUGCGUUUCUGUUUUCCUGUAUUUUCUCCCAGAGCAAAGUUUGAUGUUUCUGUAUAGAGCUGUGCUGUCCCCCCAGACCUCAUUAAAAAGCCUCUCUGGC